UUGUGAUAUGUUUGGUCGGAACCGGUUGGCCACGUUGCCGCGGCGCGUGACCGGCACCGCGCGGCUCCAGCUGCGAAUGCGGCGGUAAUCGCUUGUACACGCCUGCAGCUUUUAGCCGGGCUGUGGUCUCACUUACUGACAUGCUUAGAUUGGGAGGAAAAUUCACUCGUCGGUUCCUAAAAUUUGGGCUUUGAUGUUGAUGUCAUGUCAUGGCAUGAAGUCACAGUCACAAUCCAUACAAAUGGCUUAUGCCAGUGAUGCCUGUUAUCUUAUAAGUUAGUGUUAAGUAAGAAAAUAAUGUUGCUAUGGUUACAGGGUGCAUGUGGAACUGUAAGUAGACAAUCAUCUUAAGAACUGUAUUAGUAACAUGAGUGCAAUAAACACAUUGAAAUUGGGUGGGUUAACUUACGAGAUACGUCUUUCAUCCAUUUGUAUUCAAAUCAAUUCCGGUCAUAAAUUGCUUUCUUUCGGCAAUUUUGCCAAGCUGUUAGCUGCUCACACAUUGACAUUCUUAGGAGGAAAAUUCACAUGUUCGCUUCCAUUGCAUAUUCCACAAUUUACUUCGAAGUCUAGAGUCGUCCUCUAUUUAAUAAGCUCCUCUUGGUAGGUACCUACAUAAAAUUAGUUUAUGUGAAUGCACUUAAAUGUUUACCUAUUUAUUUAAACUUAGUUCAUCAUUCGACAUCCUGAUCGCAAAGAUAGCAAAGGUUACGUAAAACAUCCUAUAACAAGCGCGAUCCAUUGAUAAGCUCCUAAAAUAAUAGUCCCAGUAAACACUCCCGUGUUAUCAGUCGGCAUUCGGACACCGAUCAUUCUUCUCGGUUCGCGUUACCAAACAAUGCGCAAUGUGCAUUAAGCGUUUGAUCCUAGUUUUGGCAGUGUUAUUUGUAAACUGUGACAGUUCCAGAGAAUCUCAAUGCAUAGAUUAUUACAAAACGGGAAAUAAUUUUGAUCUGGGUACCCUUCAAGGAAACUGGUACGCUGUGUACUUCUGGCCACCGAACAGCCGACAGAGAAGAAGUUGUGAAGUAGCUAGUUUCAAAAAGUCAUCUCAGAGUGAAGUAAUUUCACUACAAAACGUUUGUUCCAACUCUAAUGUAUCUGUGAGCACCAGCAGUGUACAAUCGUCGUAUGUAAACAGCGUUGGGAAGUUGACCACGGUAACUUACUACGGAGAUGACGAAGUCAAAUCCCUCUACCGCUCGUGCGAUCGGAUCUACAAGUAUCUGUUCAUCCCUGUGAAGGACAAUUAUGUGAUGGGAAUCAACUGUUCGUCGGGAGGCCGGGGCGUGCUUUUGGCGAAGAACUUGGAGUCGGCUACAGAAAUCCAGAGAAUCGUUGAGAGUGUAGAUGUCAUGACUGGGAGAGAAGGGAGCUCGGACUGUCCUCUGAAACGUUGAUUCGUGUAACAUGGAACCGUCACAAGAAACUUAAAAGAUGAACUAUGUCAAAGUGCACUCAAUAUCAUACCUACUUGUAGUUGACUUGAUAACCUGUACGUGCCUGUACCUACCAAUUGAUAACUAAAGUAAUAAACCCGUUGU